AUGCCGAAUACCCCGGACUGGGUCAAAAAACUACAGCCUUCGGGCCCUCAGGGCUCAGAGCUUCUCGCCCAGGAGAGGGCGAAGUCGAACCUCAACAUCGACCAACUGGCAACUUUUAUGUUCACCAACGAAGCGCUUGAACGCAAUGAGAGAAUAUUGAACAUUUUGAAGGCCGACCCCGUCUUCGACAAGACGCAGAACUACUUCCGAGGUCGCGAAGGCCGGAUCGAGGCCUCGCUGGCGAGGGGCAAGCGGCUGUUCCAGUUGAACAAGAAGCACAACUGGUCUCAGGAAGAAUAUCAGGUUGCUAAUGAGCUCAUCAGCGAGCCUACCCCCUAUGGCUUGCACGCGAGCAUGUUUCUCGUAACCCUUCGCGAGCAGGGCACACCAGAGCAGCACAAGAUCUUCCUCCAGCCCGCCGAAAACUACGAGAUUAUCGGGUGCUAUGCCCAGACCGAGCUUGGCCACGGAUCAAAUGUCCGUGGCCUCGAGACCACCGCAACCUGGGAUCCAGCAGACAAGACUUUCGUCAUGCACUCGCCUCAUUUGACCGCGUCGAAGUGGUGGAUUGGUUCCCUUGGCAAGAUGGCCACUCAUGCCGUCGUCAUGGCUCAACUCAUCAUCGACGGGAAGACUCGCGGCCCUCACCCAUUCGUCGUACCGAUUCGAGACAAGAACACCCACGAGCCACUCCCCAACGUUCACGUUGGCGAUAUCGGUCCUAAGUUUGGAUACAACACCAUGGAUAAUGGUUUCCUGCUGUUGAACAACGUGAAAAUCCCCCACAAUCACAUGCUGGCACGCUUCUCUUCUGUCGAUCCGCAGACAGGAAAGUACAGCCGCCCAGCCAACCCUUCCCUGGUGUACGGAACUCUCACCUGGGUGCGGUCCAACAUUGUUCUUCAAGCAGGAUCUGUUCUUGCCAAGGGCGUCACAAUCGCUACCCGAUACUGCGCCGUGCGUCGCCAAUUCCAAGAUCGCGAUGCGCCCGCAAACGAGCCUGGCGAGAACCAAGUUCUCAACUACACAAUGGUGCAAGUCCGACUUCUGCCUUUGCUUGCGGCUACCUUUGCUCUUCACUUUACUGGCCGCGGUAUGAUCAACCUGUAUAACGAAAACCAGAAGCGGAUGCGUGCCGAUGCCGGGAAGCUGAGCGAUGCUACCCGCAAUCCUGGUCCCGAGGAGCUCAACCCCGGGACUGACUUGUUGGCGGAUCUGCACGCUACCUCGUGCGCCCUCAAGGCGUAUGGAUCGACUGUGGCAGGCGAGGGUUUGGAGGUCUGCCGUCGCGCAUGUGGCGGUCAUGGCUACUCGUCAUUCAGUGGCAUCGGUUCUUGGUAUGCUGAUUACCUGCCGACUCUGACCUGGGAAGGCGACAACUACAUGCUCACGCAGCAAGUGUCCCGCUACCUGCUCAAGUCCGCUCGUGCAGUACUGAAGGGCAAAGCUGGCAACAACGACACAACCAGAAUCCUAUCCGAGUUCCUUCGCCGUAGAGAUAUUGGCGCGGCAUUUGAUGUGCUCGGCUCUGACGAAGAUCUUGUUGCGGCGUUCGCGUGGCGCGUUUCUUUCCUCACAUUCGAAGCUCUGCGUCACAGGGACGAAGACAAGCAGUCAUGGAACAGUCUGCUUGUUGACUUCUGGCGCCUGAGCACGGCACACGCGCAGUACAUGGUUGUCAAGAACUUCCACCAGGCCCUCAACGACAAGGCCACGACAGAUCAGCUGGACAAGGACACUGUUGAGCUGCUACACAAGCUUUUCAGGCUGUAUGCCUUGCACACACUGGAGCGUGAGGCCAGCGAGUUCUACAGCUCCGCUGCUGUUACCGUGCGUCAAAUCACGUUGGCGAGAACUAAAGCCGUGAUGAGCUUGCUCGAGGAAAUCAGGCCACAUGCCGUAAGGUUGGUCGAUGCUUGGAAGUUCGAUGACUGGGUUCUGGACAGCAGCCUGGGUCGAUACGAUGGAAAGGUGUACGAGGACAUGUUCAAGCGCGCGAGCGAGGACAAUCCUCUGAACAGCGUGGUAUUCGAUCCUUACCCCAAUAGUAAGGUUUUGUUUAAGAAGGAUGAGAGGAAGAACCUCCGAAGCAAAUUGUAG